GCCCCAUACUUUCCCUUGUUAUAUUUGAAGAGCUGCACGUCUUAGUACUUUUCUUAUACACCCGUAUUAUAAAAAGGAAUCCCGCCUAUUCAACGACAAUUGGCGCAGUGCACGUAAUACGGGUGCAAGGCAAAAAAAGGCCAAAGGACCCGAGCUGUUACUGAGUGACCCGGAUGUGGUAGUGUUAUCACGUGCCUGAGCUAAAUGUUAUCAGUCAUAUACGAUAGUAUGAGUUCUGCAUAGCUGCAUUUAUCAUUUUUAAUACGUUAUUUAUUUAAGCGUAGUUUUAGUAGACGACAACAAACGGAAUAAAAGACAAUAUCUGGUUGUAGGUUUGAUAUGUGCGCUCUGUAAAAGAAAGUUCAAUGAGCUACAAAGGAAGUUGUGCGCUACAGAGGAGAAAUGCCAGUCGCUUCUACCUCCUCCAGAUCUCUGGCAGAAUCCCAUGCAAUGCGUUCUCCGUCAACAGGCCAUUUUGUUCUCAAAAAAGUCUACCUGAUAAACCCCUGGCCACUCAGGACCAGGCAGCGGCUGCCAUAAAGAACAUGACCGAGCUUGGGAAACAGUGGGGACAGAACACGGUGAAAACUGCGACAGCGACUGUCAAUUACUGGUGGGAAAAGUAUGAAGAGUUUGUUGGCAUUAAUGAGGUCCGGGAGGCUCAGUCCAAGGUUACAGAGGCCGAGAAAGCUUUCAUGGUGGCCAGGGGAAUGGUUCGUGAGGCUCAUAUGAGUUUAGAGGCUCUUCAGGUGAGACUUAAGGAGGUUAGAGAUCGCCUGGAUCGAGUGUCAAGAGAGGAGGCGCAUUAUCUUGAAUUAGCAACACUAGAACACAAGUUACUCCAGGAAGAACGGCGUCUGAAAACAGCUUAUGAAAAUGCAGAAGGAGGAGAGCGAGAAAAAUUUGCCCUGUUCUCUGCUGGAGUGCGCGAAAGCCAUGAGAAGGAGCGGUCACGGGCCGAACGCACCAAGAACUGGUCUAUCAUUGGCUCAGUACUGGGUGCCAUUAUUGGUGUCAUGGGGUCCACUUACAUCAACAGGGUGCGCCUUCAGGAGCUAAAAAGUUUGCUCCUGGAGGCUCAGAAGGGACCUGCGAGCCUACAAGAAGCUAUUAAAGUCCAAGCCAGUUCACACAAGAGCCAGCAAGAGGAACUCCAAGGCCUUAUAGACACACUUAAGUUAGCCAUUAAUAACAGAACAGGUGAAAAAACUAUAUCUGUUCCUGUAUCGACCCGAUCUGCAAUACCCGCAUCGAAACCCAGCAUGUCAGAAGAAGCUAUUAAAGAGAUGAUUCUGCACAGCCAGAGAGCUCAGUCACUUAUGGAAGAUCUCAAGCCACAGAUGGAGCAGAUAAGACAGAAUUUAGGGAAGAUGGGGACUGAGCUUCAUGCCGUGAAGAAGUCUAUCUCUGCUGAAAAAACAUUAAUUCAGACAAAAGAUAUGCCACUUUUAGUGUGUGAGACAGAGAGCGUCAUCCAAGGCCUCGACCAGACUGAGAAAAGACUGGAGGCUCAGAUUAGCAAGUCUACUCUCUACAACACUAUUCUGACUUACACAGCAUUCGCCUUAUCCAUGCCAGUGCUGUAUAUUAUCUUCAAAGGCACACAAUGAAAUUGUCUAGUCUGAAGUGUGCACUAAAUGGACCAGAAGUAACCUCAGAUUUUACAGAGUACUGUAGUAAAUGUAUAAUGGAAUCAUGCACUGAUAUGGAUCAAAUUAAAAAGAUGAAAAAUAA